GGACGUUAAAUGGCUCACUCGGUCCACGACGUUAUGUUAUUAUAUUUUCAACCUUGAAAUACGGGGAAACGUUAUUAAUCAGUGGCUGAAAUUAGGCGCUAGGUGAUAUUCACUUCCAGACUUGGAGAGCGCUCAACGCGUUGUAGAACAGCCCUCUGAAUAACAAGGCGUGGGUUUGGUUCAACUGUGUUGGGAAAAAGAAAGGCGACCUACGCAUCAUCUGUACAGUAUCAGCUUGGCAGCUUGCUAGCACAGAAGCAAAGAUGAGCCAAGAAAUUAAGAACGAGGCAUCCCAACUGAAUGGGACCCCGGCCUCUGAUUCUGCUCAGACGAAAAAGCGUGAGGACUACCUGGAGUGGCCUGACUAUUUCAUGGCCGUAGCCUUCCUGUCAGCUCAGAGAAGCAAGGAUCCCAGCUCACAGGUUGGAGCAUGUAUUGUUAACCGGGAGAAUAAGAUAGUGGGCAUCGGCUACAACGGCAUGCCCAACGGCUGUGAUGAUGACCUGCUGCCCUGGUCCUGCUCUGCCAACGACAGACUGGAUACCAAAUAUCCCUACGUGUGCCAUGCGGAGCUGAAUGCUAUCAUGAAUAAGAACUCAGCGGACGUGAAGGGCUGUUCCAUGUACGUGGCUCUGUUCCCCUGCAACGAGUGUGCCAAGCUCAUCAUCCAAGCAGGUAUAAAGGAUGUGAUUUAUUUGUCAGACAAGUACCACGACAUCCCUGAAAUGACUGCCUCCAGACGGCUGCUUAACUUGGCAGGGAUCGAAUACAAGCAGUUCAAGCCCAAGCGAAACAAGAUUGUCAUCGAUUUUAAUUCUAUUAACCACUCUGAGAUGUUCAACGGAACAGGCUGAAUACACUCACCUUGAGAAAGAAAGAAGAGGGAAAGAAAGAGUGGGUGCUUUGAUGUCUACGUCUCCCCAAACAACCUACCACGACCAGAGGAACUCAAGGAUAUCUCUACUGUAAAUGUUAAAUCAUAUAAACAUUCAUUGUAAAGAUUUUGUUUGUCUUUUUCAGUGCGAAACCUUUUUUUUUUUAUAUAGUCAGGAUACUAUUCCAAUCGUCACUGUUUUAGUCAUUCUAAAUGUUAGACAAUGUCACAAAUGGUGGGAGUACUGAAACACUAAACACAUUGUGUGCUGCACAUGCAAUGUCAAUCAAAUAAACUGAGCAAUGUUUUACAAUCA